AUGCUGCACACAACGCAACGCGAAGGUAGAUUAGCCAAGCUGUGCCUUGCGGCUCAGACGCUCUGGUGUGGUAUGGCUUUCUCCAGUGCCGUCUUCACACGUUGUCAGAAGCUGCUUGAUGAGCACGGAGUGACAGUCACAAGCGGGCCGGUGGCUGAUGCAGAUCCCAAGAAUGCAGCUUACGAUGCUUGCUCACUGGCUUUGGCUGGAAAGCAUUGCGCCUACCGCUCUGCCAAGAUCACACCGACCAAGAACGGAGCCUUUGUGACUUGCUGGAAGCGGCCUGGUGGGAAAGGCUCCAUCGUCCCUUUCAGCGUGGGAGAUUUGCAGGCCCUCCUGGUGGCAGUAGAAGAGGCUGGGAACUUUGGAUUCUUCGUUUUUCCCGCCGAAGACUUGCUGAAGCAGGGGAUCCUUGCAGCACCCGGAUCGGGCCGGAAAGGCAAGCUCUCCUUUCGAGUCUAUGCCCCAUGGGUCGUGCCAGAAAGCAAGCAGGCCGCUGCGACGCAAACCUGGCAGCGACCCUUCUUCGUGCAGGGGGAGAGCAGCCUGCUCAAGAAGCUCUUUAACUCCGAGACCCAGGGCCCUCCCAGCAAGCGCCUGCGCAAGGCGUAG